AUGUGGUUGUCCUUUCUGUUCGUGGUGUGUCUUGCCUCAAUUGUCUCGUCGUAAGUGGAACGUUUUGCCGAUCAGAUAGCGUUCAGAUCCGUGAGUCCAAACUUUUUCCAACACCCCGAAGACAGUGGCAAGAUACACGCUGUGAUAGCGGCCGGAUCCCUCGGCAUGUGGAAUUAUCGCCAUCAGGCAGCCGCCUGUCAUGCAUACCAUGUCUUAAGAAACCAUGGGGUUGCGGAAGAAAACAUCAUCUUGAUGAUGCCCGAUGAUGUUGCUAAUCAUAAGAAGUAAGCGUCGCCUACCGAAAGCCACCUCUUUUUGUAGCAACCCGGCCCCCGGCAAGCUCUACCACAACCCCGCCCGUGAUACUGACGUGUACAAAGGGUGCAAGGUUGAUUAUCGCGGAGCGGACGUAAACCCCACCACGUUUAUGAACGUCUUGACCGGGAACGACGUUGGAGAGGGACCGGUGCUGAACAGCACAAAGAAGGACAAGGUGUUUGUGUAUUUUGUAGAUCAUGGUGACCACGGAACGUUAGGCUUUCAGUUCAACGCCACUAAUUUCGAAGUUCUCACCGUGCAAGACCUGAACAACACCCUGUCCGAGAUGACGCGGAAAGGCAUGUACAAAGAACUGGUGUUCUACGUGGAAGCUUGUUUCUCCGGAAGCAUGUUUCAGCCUAUCGCGUCAAACUUUGAGAAUCUGUACGCCGUCACUUCCACCAACGAGGCGGAAUUCGCUUUUGGCGAUUACUGUGUCGCCGAUUGGGACUUGUGCCUUGGCGACGAGUUCUCUGUCGCUUGGAUGGAAUACUCCGACGCCCACGAUCUUCGGCACACCACCCUACAAGAGCAGUUCGCCGCUGUGAAAGCUCGAACCUAUUGCAGCCAUGUUCAGCAGUUUGGGAACUUGAAGAUUUCUGGCGAGAACAUUGGCGACUUUCAAGGCCUAGCAGACGCCGCCGAGGUUAUAACGUCGGUAAGUUUAUAUAUUCAUGUUAGGUACGAUCUAGGGUGUUCGAUUGAAGCUAGCCUGCUUUCGUUUUUUACAAAAAUAUCAUGUUGCUUAGUUCAAUGACAGUCACCUCUGCGAUAGUGCUGAUCCUAUCCUCUUUCAAAUGCAAUUGAAACUCACAAUGUUGGAAAAAAGCAGCGAUGCUGAAGAAUUGGCACAACUGAGAGCAGAGAUCGCCGACUACAUGGCUUAUCAACAAUCAACUGAAAGCGAGCUUAACAGCUUCAUCGACAAAGUUGCCACCACAGGAGAAUUGAGAGCCUUAGUAACGAGGCCUUUACCGAUUGUCAACUUGGAGUGCCAUCACAAGGUUGUCAACUACUUCAGCCAAAACUGUGGUAGUAUCGGCAUGGUAUGCUAUAGUCUUGAAUUUUACCGGCCUUAAAUUUUUAGAGUUCACGCCGGCUUCUCUUUAAGAUUGUCAACUUGUGCUAUGCAAUGAGUUCGGAUGAGAUUAUUGAACAUAUGGCUGACCAUUGGCAAGUACAGCGUGACACUUAUCCUUACUAA